AUGAGUGACUCCAUGGACAACUAUAUUCAAGUUGGAAUUGAUUUUGGAACAACCAAAUGUUGCAUUUGUGUUGUUGGUCAGGACGGGAUACCAACAGUUCUCGAAGUAGACAUGACAAAAUUAGAUUACAAAGAGCUUCUCCCAUCUUAUGUUUCAUUUAUUCCAAAUCAAGUUAUUGUUGGUGAAGCUGUGAAGAAAAUGACAGAAACAAGCAAUGUGUUGUAUGACCCGAAGCGCCUACUUGGUCUUUCUCUUGAAGAAAUACCCGAAGAUGAAAAGAAAUCGUUUACAUUUGAUAUUGACGAGAUAGAUAAUCAUAUAGUGUAUAUGGUAGAAAAUGGGAAUAAAAACAACGAGCCUGAGCCUUUUCGUCCUGAAGAAGUGACUGCUUUUCUUGUUCAAACACUUCUUGCGAAACUGGAGGAGAUACCUGAGUACAGAAACAAGAAGAAGAAAUAUGUUGUGACAUAUCCA